CAAUUUUCACAACGCGAGAGGUUAAAUUAAUACACUCGAGUGUGAGAGGGGAAGUAUAAGAAAAAAAAUAAAAAGAGAGAGAGAGAGAGAGAAAGAGAUAUCCCAACAGAGGAUCCGAAAGGAGGUUAGUAGUGGGUGAUAGCGAGAGAUACGAGGGGCUGGAGGAGGGGGUAAGAAAAGGGGGAUGGUUGUGCGGAGGAGGUGAGUGGCGCGCAGCAUCCGAGGCGCCGGGAAAUAUCGUCGAAAACGGCGUCGAGCUUGGAUAGUGCUCGUGAACGAAGCUGUCUGUUCGGUGGUGAAAAAAAAAUCGUGCCCUUUCGAGGGCGGCUGUGCCAGGAAACAGCGAGAGAGGCAUUGACUCCUGGCUCGAGACAAGCUCAUCUCCCUUGACGAUGCCCGCGGAUCCUGUCGACGGUCUCUCCGUCCACGUUGUUCAACCCGCUCCACGAAACGAGUAACACCACUCUCUCGAAAACAAUUCUUCCAAAUCUCUCGGAGAACGUUCUUCCAACACUUUCGAAUUUACGUCGAUGGACGAAGUUCCAUGCCUUUUUUUGAAGAAGGAACGGCGUGCUGAAAGGGUAUGAAAGUAUCGUAUUAGCAACAAAUAUGAAGUAUUGGGUCAACGUGUGUAUGACGCUUUGUAAAUGUAUAAAAUUAUCGAUUGCAAUCUUAACGAAAAACACGCAAAUCAGACGAAUCGUUGUCCACCGAGGUAGAAACUAAAAAGUCACGACGUUCCACUAUCACGAUGAAGAACAUUCUCCGAAUAAGCUGUACUUGCUUUCUGGCAGCUCGAUGUCGAGGUGCAAGGACCUAUCGAGAUGACGUCCUCUUCUACCUGCUGACGUAAUUUUGGAGGAUACAUCACAGGAUGUGGCUGCAGCACAUCUUCCUCUUGCUGCAAAUGAUUCACCUGAUUGCUUGGGCCAGUCUUGACAAUACAGGAUUAUCUGACAGAUUAGAAAAUGUGACGCAAACUAUAUCGCGGAUCCUCGAUGGUUACGACAUUCGAUUGAGACCAAAUUUCGGCGGGGAACCCCUUUUGGUUGGCAUGGAUCUUACCAUCGCGAGUUUCGAUGCAAUCUCGGAAGUAAACAUGGACUAUACCAUAACAAUGUAUCUGAAUCAGUAUUGGAAGGACGAAAGACUGGCGUUUUCUCAAGAAGAGGAGGUUCUCACACUUAGCGGAGAUUUCGCGGAAAAGAUUUGGGUCCCAGACACAUUUUUCGCCAACGAUAAGAACAGUUUCUUACACGAAGUGACCGAGCGUAAUAAACUCGUUCGGCUGUCCGGAGACGGAUCUGUCACUUAUGGCAUGAGAUUCACGACGACCCUGGCCUGCAUGAUGGAUCUGCACUACUAUCCGCUCGAUUCGCAGAACUGCACCGUAGAGAUCGAAAGCUACGGAUACACAGUGUUGGACGUGGUAAUGUAUUGGAAAGAAACACCGGUUCGUGGCGUGGAAGAAGCGGAACUACCACAAUUCACGAUAAUCGGUUACGAAACGAACGAUCGUAAAGAGAAACUGGCCACCGGUAUAUACCAAAGAUUAUCGUUAAGCUUCAAACUUCAAAGAAACAUCGGAUACUUCGUUUUCCAGACAUAUUUGCCCAGCAUCUUGAUCGUGAUGCUGAGUUGGGUCAGUUUUUGGAUAAAUCACGAAGCAACCAGUGCUAGAGUAGCUCUCGGUAUAACGACAGUCCUUACAAUGACCACAAUUUCGACAGGUGUACGUAGUUCACUGCCACGUAUCAGCUACGUGAAAGCUAUCGACAUUUACCUAGUAAUGUGUUUCGUUUUCGUGUUCGCCGCUUUGCUGGAGUACGCAGCGGUUAAUUAUACUUACUGGGGCGCCAGGGCUAAGAAGAAGACGAAAAAGAAAGACGGUGACGACAAAAAAGUGAUCUCGUCGAAAUCAGGAAGCAAAGCGAGUUCUCCUUUUCCUGGUUCGACAGAGGCGGACAUAAUAGAGCUUCAAGAUCUCAGGAUGUCACCUUUGCCGAGUAUAAGGAACAGAUCAGGCCUGGUUAGCAGCAGUUCAACGCCUGGAACCGGAAGAGAACACGAUCCGGCCAAGUUUCCUCCGAGCUUUCGAAUUUCUAGAGUCGCGGCCUACAAUACAUAUGGGAGGAACACUGGUCUUAGAUAUAGAGGACCCAAGCAACAUAAGCCUAAGGUAUUACACGCAAUACGAAGAGGAGCAUCUGUUUUGCGCGUAUCGAUGCCCAAGAUCAAAGACGUGAAUAUCAUCGAUAAAUAUUCGAGAAUCAUAUUUCCAGUAAGUUUUAUGCUGUUCAAUGCCAUCUACUGGGUAUUCUAUUUUCUCUGAAACUAGUCAUCAGUAUUCUCCCGCCAUCUGCCGUACGAAGAAAGAUAAAAACCAAGGACCAAUCGAUAAUCGAGAAUUUAUUACACGAAUUUCAAUCAAACGGAAAUCAGUUUCUACUCGAAGGUUGAAA